AUGUGGGUUCGUCCAAUAUUUACACAAUUACAAAGACAUUUGCAAGGAGAUAGUGACAAUCUAGCCAUAGAAAUGCAGCUGCAAGACCAAGAAAUGUUUUAUAAUUAUUGUAGAAUGUCUACAGAAAUAUGUGAUCAAUUACUGAGUAUUGUUGAGCCUCUUAUUGAGAAACAAAACGUUGCGCCACCUCAUAAUGGAUUAGUAUAUUAUAAUUACAAAGGGACCCAUAGUAUUAAUUUGUUAGCAGUUUCGGAUGCCUAUUAUUGCUUCACACUAGUCGACAUUGGAGCUGAGGGUAGACAAAGUGAUGGCGGUAUCUUUGCGAAUUCAAAGUUUGGUCAACGAUUAGAAAGAAAUGAAAUGAAUUUGCCGCAACCAAGUGCAGUAGAACCUAACGGACCUCCUUUACCAUAUGUGUUAGUGGCAGAUGAGGCAUUCGCUUUGAAAUCAAUGGAUCGCGAACGCCUCGAUGGAUUAUCUUACGAGCAGUUGAGAGACGAACUUAUUAAGCUCAAGCUUCCUGUCACUGCGUCUCGAACAGACUGUUUAGACAGACUUUUAACUUACUAUGAACGUUAUUAUGAUUGUGAAUCCGGAGCUAUAAACGAAGUGGCUAGUGGUUCUCAAACAAUCGCACGACCGUCACAAAGUGUCGACAAUGUUUCUUCUGUGCGUUCUGCUACUACCAUGGAAGAGAUGCAACAAUCCGUAACCUUUAUUAUGCAACAAAUGCAACGACAGCAACAAUUAAUCGAAAGGAUUGCUAAUGCGGUCACCUCCGCUGAGUCAGGCACGAGAAAUGCCCCUCCGUCAACAUCAGUGGCGCCAACGAAUCAACAAUCGCCAAUUAUAAUUUCUUCGUCAUCAGUUCGAAAUUCAAUGGAUGGUGCAGCAUCUAUGGACAAUAAUCGACAUAUUAAUGUUUUUCCGCCUUUGGCUAGUGCAUCCCCUGCACAGGCUGUUAAGCUGUUAGCUAAUCAAAUUUCUGUCUUCAGUGGUACGGAAGACGACGACGUCGAAGUUUGGAUUCGAAAAGUUGAAAGAGUUGCUUCAAUACAUGGAGUACAAGAUGGUGUUACUCUUCUUGCCGCAUCGAGCAAACUCACAAAAAAUGCAAGAGAAUGGUUUGACUUAGAUGAUGGGCAAAUCAACGACUCUUGGUUUUCUUUCAAAAACGCUAUCAUUAAACGUUUUAAAAGAUCGAGAUCGCAUACAAUUGAUAAUCAAUGGCAUCAAUAGUUUAUCUCUACGCAGCACUGCAGCAGCUAUAAGAACCAAUUCAAUGGACGACUUUUUGGAGCAAAUGGGACAAAUUACCUCCUCCUGCGCCAUCAACGUUAAGAAGUCUCCAC